AUGUCUGAAGGCAUCAGCCGGGGCUUCGCAGCCUAUUUGGACAUCGAGGAUUGGCGUCUCACAUCUCAUGACUGCUUGGAGGAAAAGCUGGCGACGGAGAAGAUGCUUCUGAACAUGACGGAUUCUUCAUUCAUCACCCGGCUGCAUGCUACGCAUUUGGACGCGCAGUUCAUGUACCUUAUCCUGGAGCCAGCCUUGGGGGGGAGCCUCAAAGAAGUUUAUGAAAGAGAGUCGUUUCACGACAUGAUCCACGUUGUCAAGUACCACACUGCAGGCAUCGCGUUGGCCAUCGGCCACUUGCACGAGCGACAGAUAUGUCAUCGGGACCUGAAGCCUGACAACAUCCUCCUCAACGAGAAAGGCCACAUAAAGGUGUGCGAUCUCGGGUUGGCGAAGCGUUUCUUUGAAAAGACGGCCACCUUUUGUGGCACAGCACUUUACAUGGCGCCAGAGAUCCAUGCCGGGAGAUGGUAUACACAUGCAGUAGACUGGUGGUCCUUUGGAGUCAUCGUGUACGAGCUGCUGUCUGGGCGUAACCCCUUUGUGGCGCCGACCCAAGGCCAGAUUCGCGCGAGCGUGAUGAAGGGCAUCCGCAACUUCGGGUCAAUGCAGCCAGACUGCGUGGACUUCAUCCGGGUGGCUUGCGCAGCAAGGCCCCCAUUGGAGAGGUUGAAGGCCAUGCGGUGGUACCGGGACGUCCCGUGGGGGAGGAUACAGAGGGGCGACGUGCCUGCCUCGUGGGUGCCAAAAAGGCAGCCGCUGGCGGGCCCGAGGUCCUUCCCGCGACACUUGUUCGUUCAGCACAGCGGAUGA